AUGCCUCACCACACCGACGUGUUGUACCUCAUCGCGCAGUAUUUGCAGGCCAAGGGGCUGUACUCUAGCUCUUUGGCCUUGCAGCAGGAGAGCGGUCUGGACGUGACGUGGUUGCGAGGCUCGUCGCGGGAGUUGGCGCUGCUUCGGCGAUGGGUUUUCGAGGGCGACGUGCAGAGAGCUCGCGCCCUGUUGCUGCCGUUGCAGGGUCUUGAUGAGUUGAAGUGCUUCGAGAGACUCGUGCCGCUCUUUCGAGCACCGGUUGAUGCUGAGGAGCGAGACGUGUUCAAGUAUGUUGCCAUGCCCAAGCUGCAACUGGCUGGGCUGAUCCAUGAUGCGGUUCUCUUC